AUGUUUGUGGAGGCGCUCCAGUAUCGGCAGAAUAGCAAGACCGAGUCCGCACUUAGGCUUGAGAGCCAGCGCAGUGAACCUCGCCCUGAUUCAACCGGAUUUCUGCAUAUCAGCGGGCCCGACGCGCAAGGUGUUCCUGCCUUGCCUACAUAUGGCUCCCAGCAGCACUCACCCGGUUCCGAGCCUAUUGGCCCAGCGCCGCCUGGCUCUAAUAAUCAGGAAACUGACCAGGGACAGGGCGAUGAACAGGAAGAUCAUAAUGUACGCACCACAAGCCAGGGGGAUAUCUCGAGAAACGCCCGUGAAGCGCAAAUCGUGAACGUCUAUAAAAGGCUCGAUGACUUCUCUGCAUUACGAGUACACGCCCGCCAGUCACGUAUGGCGCUUAGUUACAAGCGAGAAGACGAAAUGAAACUUAGAGUGGAGCUUAUGAAGCGUCUCAACGCCUUCUUUGCCAACUUGGACCACCCCGAGGCAGAACCAAUUAUGCAGGAGUAUGAGCUUCUUCAGACAACUGCAGAAGAAUAUGUGAAAUUGGAAAAUAGUUAUCGUGAAGAGGAAGAUAACCUGGAAGAGCAAGAAUACAUUCUCAAGAUGUCCAUGGAAGACUUUGCCGGCUCGUUCAAUAAUGGGGGCGCACCAAACUUCCAAAGUGAUACACGAUUCUCAAGCCCGGGCACAGAAGAGGAAUCCACGGACGAGACUCCUAGUCAUGUAAUCACUUACCUGACCGGCAUAGCGCAGGAACGGAUGCUUCAAGACCAACUUGCAGAGCUCGAAUCAGAGUGGUACAUGGCCAACGAAAAGCAGGCACAAAGGCAGCGGUUAGACUUGCCCCUAGAUCAAGAAUCUGCAGAUUUCUUGCAGACAUUUGAAGAAGAACACAACAAUACAUGGAAGGACCUAAAUAAUACACAGAUGGAUGUGGACGCUUUCCGCAUGAUUUGCCUAGAGCAAGAUCAUAAGCGCUUCGCUUAUCAAGAUCUAUCUUCCCUCCACUCUUAUCAUCCGUACAUGGGUGGUCAAAUAUGGGAGCCGGAACCAAACCCUUUAAAACUUCCACCCCAAGACUUGGCAGUAUUCCCGGAGGAAACCGGUGCACUAUCGCUGGGCAAUAAUGAACAUUUGGAGAUAGAAAGUGGUAUCCCAGAGAUAACGCCAAGAAGCCAGCACCAAUUCAACCAAGCCCUCCAACAAAAGUCGUCCAUCAGCUCUAACGAGUACAUGAACAAAUGGAUGCUCCACCAGCUUCGAAUCUCAUCAGUUGGCAUAUGGCGCCUUACUCGCUCGCCUCUCUGGCAACCCCUUCGCGAGCAAGGCUGGCAAGACCAAGAUAUCGGACAGGCUGUGCUCGAUACCUGGUUCUCCGAUGAGACGGCGCUGGCGCCCUCAUCAUAUAACCCGUAUUUAAAUAACAUCGACGACGGAGAAGAUACCGUAGUCGGAUGUGCAACGGGUCGCAAACCGGACGUGGUGAUGAGAGCCCAGUCUUUACCCUCACCACCAUCUUCACCACGAGCGUCGGCCCCGAAAGUAGGCAGUAUGCGGCCGGGCUCCAGCCCUUGA